AUGGAUCUUUUGGAGCUAUUGCGCAAGAGGGGAGUGGACGGAGACGUGGACUUUCUGCGUGAGGCACUACGGGUGCUGAUGGAUGCGAUAAUGGACGCCGAGGUGUCGGCGAGGAUCGGCGCUGAGCACGGCGAACGCAGUCCCGAUCGGCUUACUCACCGCAACGGUUACCGCUCCCGCGCGUGGGAUACCAGGGUCGGCACGAUGGAGCUUCGCAUACCGAAGCUCAGGGAGGGGAGCUACUUCCCGAGUCUUCUUGAGCCGCGGCGUCGAAGCGAGAAGGCGCUGCUGGCGGUGAUACAGCAGGCGUACGUGGAGGGCGUGUCCACCAGGAGGGUUGACGAUCUGGUGAAGGCGCUGGGUUGUGAGGGCAUCUCCAAGAGCCAGGUGUCGCGUAUCUGCGGGGAGCUCGACCGUGUGGUGGACAGCUUCCUUGACCGACCGCUGGACGGAGGCCCGUACUGCUACCUAUGGCUGGACGCGCUGAGCCAGAAGGUCAGGGAAGAAGGAAGGAUAGUCAACGUGAGCGUGGCUGUGGCGACCGCGGUGAACGCUGAGGGCAGAAGGGAGAUCAUUGGUAUGGACGUGGGCACGAGUGAGGAGGGCGCGUUCUGGCUCGCGUUCCUGCGUUCGCUGUCCGCGCGUGGCCUGAGCGGUGUGGAACUGGUGAUCUCGGAUGCACACCGUGGACUGACCGACGCCAUAGCGACUGUGUUCGCCGGUGCGAGUUGGCAGAGAUGUCGCACGCACUUUAUGACGAACCUGCUGACGCGGGUUCCCAGAAGCGCCCAGCCCUGGGUGGCCACCAUGGUACGCACCAUCUACCAGCAGCCGUCUCCACAGGAGGUGCACUCCCAGUUCGAGAAGGUGGUCGAGCAGCUAGCCGAGCGCUUCCCCCAGGCCUCCUCGAUGCUGGCAGAAGACGGAGCCGACGUGCUGGCGUUCACCGGCUUCCCCGGCGCUCACUGGAAGCAGGUGUGGUCAAAUAACCCCCAGGAGCGUCUGAACAAGGAGAUCAGGCGGCGGACUGACGUCGUGGGCAUCUUCCCGAACCGUCCGGCGGUGCGCCGGCUCAUCGGUGCAGUACUCGCUGAACAGCACGACGAGUGGGCAGUAGGCCGGCGCUACCUGACACCCGGUGUGACCACGAAGCAGGAGGCGCUGCAGGAGGCCCCGCUGACACAAUCAGCAGCAGCCUGA